UUAGUAGGAAGAAAGCUAGUAGCUGUUAGUGUUAGGUUUGAAUAUUAAGUUUGGGCUGGGUCGUUAAUUGGGCAGUGCAGCAUGCGACCAUCGUUGGGCCUCGAUUGCUUUUGCAAUUUCUUCACUGUCUUUUGGAAUAGGCCGAUCUGCGAUGCAGGCCGCCAUGCUAGAGUCCAUGGCUCAAGAUAAGCCGCAUCAUAAAACUUGAUGUUGAUAAUGAUAGAGGGGUCGGCAACCGGCAAUUCCGAGUAGUUUACAGUGAUUGUGGGGAAAGUAUUGUUUCAGUUGUAAGAUGAUUGUUUGAGACUUUGUGACGGCUUCUAUAGGAUGGAAACAAGAGGAAAUAGAUUUGAUGUGGAUGGAACAGAAGGUAUUGUUAUUGUGAACGUAAAUGUAUGAGAGUAUGUCACAGCUAAGUGGUCCAUCUUGAUCACAGCUAAGCUAGCAGAGACUCUUUCACAUUUAUACUUAUAACAGAUGCUGAAGGAAGGAAGAUACAGACAAGAAUCUUUCGGUCCCAUCUUCAAAAUGCCCAAAUCGGCUGACUCUGCUCUCAUCUCAUCUUGCAUUUGUGUAUGUAAUGUAUUCCCUCUUUCACUCUCAAUUUUCCUCACUCACAGUCGCAAGUUUACUUCCCUUAGGACAAAUCCGACACCAUGAAGUUUUCUGACCUUUCAAGCAAGCAAAGGUUACAACAUCAUUUCCAACCAACACGAAUGCUUAAGUUCCAGCUUCAGUCAUUAACUUUUCUCUAUAACUUGAAUCCAGAAUUAUAUCAUUAUCAAGUAAAUUGGCGAUGUUUUGUCAGGCUGCCUUUUUUGACUUAUGCUUUAUUUUGAACUAAAAGAAGGAAACGCUUUGAAAGUUCAAAUCCCUCAUUGAACUCGUGGCUCUUUAGUGCGUGGGCAUACGAAUUCCAGUGCCUCUGUUCAGUUAAUUUUAGUUGAUUCCCCGAUAAACAGAACACCAACAAUGACGUUAGGACAGAAAUACGGUGAACAGCAAGAAGCAUCGCUUCCCUUUCUAACAAAUACUUCUUCUCAAUCUUUGUCCUAAAUGGAACCCUUGUAAGUUGCUUAUUGAGUAAAAUCUCAUUUCUGCCCCGCACCUGAACUUGGACAUUGUUUUGGUUUUGCAACCCUAUCGGCUACCAUUAAGAAUGGUAUCCCCCCUCCUAUCUCUCCUUUUUCCCGCAUAGCCAUAAGCAUAGAAGUAUAAGGCCGGUGGAUUGUUUGAGUUUCUAAAACGAUUGGUGGCAAUAGUGGACUCAAUACAUCUUGUGCUGGUCAAGUUGGUCUCAUAGUUGACUGAAAUGAAUGUGGCUGGCUUUAUUUUCCUACUCUCUCUCCACUUAGGGGUGUUUCAAAUUGGUUAUGGUAGAAAUGCUUCCACUCGGCCAGCUGUUGUUAAUAUUGGAGCAAUGUUUAAUUUUGACUCUAUCAUUGGAAGAGUUGCCAAGAUUGCUAUUGAUGAAGCUCUGAAAGAUGUCAACUCCAAUUCAAGCAUUCUCAAAGGAACUAAACUUAGUGUUACACUGCAAGAUACCAAUUGCAAUGGCUUUCUUGGCAUGGUCGAAGCUUUGCGGUACAUGGCGACUGACGUCGUUGCCAUUAUAGGUCCCCAAUGUUCUGUGGUUGCUCCUAUUAUAUCACAUGUUGCAAGCGAACUCCGAGUUCCUUUACUGUCAUUUGCAGCUACAGAUCCCACCCUUUCUUCCCUUCAGUUCCCUUUUUUUGUUAGGACAGCACAGAAUGACUUGUAUCAAAUGACUGCUGUGGCUGAUAUCAUUGACCAUUACGGUUGGAAGGAGGUCAUUGCAAUCUUUAUAGAUGAUGAUUGGGGGCGAAAUGGUGUGUCAGCAUUGAAUGAUAAACUUGCAGAGAGGCGCUGCAAAAUCUCCUACAAGGUAGGUAUUCAACCAGAUUCUUCAGUGACUCAGGGUGCCAUCAUGGAUGUUCUUGUUAAGGUUGCAUUAAUGCAAUCUCGAAUUGUUGUUCUGCAUUUAAAUCGAAGAGUAGGGUUUAAGGUUUUCUCUGUUGCAAACCAUCUUGGAAUGAUGGGCAAUGGUUAUGUAUGGAUAGCUACGGAUUGGCUUUCAUUAGUUUUAGAUUCUGAGUCUCCUUUGCCUUCUGAGACCAUGGACAAAAUACAAGGAGUUCUAACUUUGCGUCAACACACACCUGAUUCGGAUGGAAAAAGAGCCUUUUUCGCUAGGUGGAACCGCAUAACUGGAGGUUCUCCACAGUUGAACGCUUAUGGACUUUAUGCUUACGAUACAGUUUGGCUGCUUGCUCAUUCUCUUGAUGCUUUUUUUAACCAGGGUGGGGUUAUCUCAUUCUCUAAUGAUUCUAGGAUAAGCUCUAUGGCAGGCAGUGCUCUCCACCUUGAAGCAAUGAGCAUUUUCGAUGAUGGAGUGCUCUUGCUGAAGAACAUAUUGCUAAGUGAUUUUGUUGGUUUGACAGGCCCGCUUAAGUUUAAUUCAGACAGGUCUCUUAUUCUUCCUGCAUAUGAUAUUAUUAAUGUGCUUGGAACUGGGAUUCGACAGAUUGGCUACUGGUCAAACUAUUCUGGUUUAUCUACUGUAUCCCCAGAGACACUUUAUACGAGACCACCAAACCGUUCAAGUGCAAACCAAAAACUAUAUAGUGUAAUUUGGCCAGGAGAGACAUUGUCUAAGCCUCGUGGAUGGGUUUUCCCGAACAAUGGAAAGCUAUUGAGAAUUGGUGUUCCAAAUAGAGUCAGUUACAAGGAAUUUGUAUCGCAGGUUCGAGGAACUGAUAUGUUCAAGGGUUUUUGUGUAGAUGUAUUUACAGCCGCUGUUAAUUUGUUACCAUAUGCUGUUCCAUAUAAAUUUAUCUCCUUUGGAGAUGGUCGUAAGAACCCAAGCUAUACAGAGCUUGUGAAUAAGAUCACAACCGGUGAAUUCGAUGCUGUUGUCGGUGACAUUGCCAUUGUUACAAAUCGGACAAGGAUAGUUGAUUUUACCCAGCCUUAUGUUUCAUCUGGGCUGGUCAUUGUGGCUCGGUUGGAGAAAGAGAGAAGUGGUGCUUGGGCUUUUUUGCAGCCAUUUAGUCGCCGUAUGUGGAUUGUCACUGGUUCCUUCUUUCUCAUUGUCGGAAUAGUGGUUUGGAUCCUGGAGCACCGGAUAAAUGAUGAGUUUAGGGGCCCACCUAAACAACAAGUUAUAACCAUUUUAUGGUUUAGCUUCUCAACUAUGUUCUUUGCCCACAGAGAGAAUACUAUGAGCACUCUUGGCCGUUUAGUGUUGCUUGUAUGGCUCUUUGUGGUUUUAAUAAUCAACUCCAGUUACACCGCAAGUCUGACGUCAAUCCUCACAGUGGAGCAUUUAUCUUCUCCAAUUAAAGGAAUUCAAAGCUUGGCAGCUACUAAUGAGCCUAUUGGAUAUCAAGAAGGCUCUUUUGCUGAGCGAUAUCUAAGUGAGGAACUUAACAUAUCUAGAUCGAGGCUUGUAUCUCUUGGAUCACCUGAAGCUUAUGCUUUGGCACUCAAACGUGGUCCUGGAAAUGGAGGUGUCGCUGCUGUAGUUGAUGAACGUCCGUAUGUUGAGCUUUUUCUCUCGAGCCAGUGCUCAUUCAAGAUUGUAGGUCAAGAAUUUACCAAAAGUGGCUGGGGUUUUGCAUUUCCUCGGGACUCUCCAUUGGCAAUCGAUAUGUCAACUGCAAUUCUAGCACUAGCUGAGAAUGGUGAUCUGCAGCGAAUACAUGACAAGUGGCUGAUGCAAAGCACCUGCAGUUUAGAGAGUACAGAGAUAGAAACAAACCAACUUAAUCUAUCCAGCUUCUGGGGUCUGUUCCUUAUUUGUGGGGUUGCUUGCAUCAUUGCCCUUUUCAUAUAUUUUCUGCAGAUAUUGCAGCAGCUACCUCCUGCUCCUGAAUCUGCUUCAAUUACUGGUCAAGAUAGCUCACAUUCUCGACCGCUGCGGAGGUUUUUGUCACUAAUGGAUGAGAAAGAAGAGCAAUCAAGAAGUGGGCAGAAGAGAAGGAAAGUAGACAAUGAAAGGGAUGAUGAAUUUGGUAGUUAAGACCACGAGGAGAGAAAGGAGCAAUAGCAAUGCAUUAAUUACUUCUCAUUUCAUUCCUUGGAGUUGCGCAUACCUAACUGAAACUGUGACAAGUUCAUGUGAGUCACCCCUUUUUUAUCUUUAAAGCAACAUAACUAUUUAUAUGUAUUCAAAGGCAAAGCAUUGGUUGUGUACUUUAGGUUAUAUUAUAUAUUAGGACUUUGAUUUCAAACACAGUCCGUUUAUUGGGAUGAUAAUGUAAUGCUAACUAAUAUUUUUGCCA